AUGGAAUCAGUAGUUCUUGAGACAAGUUUGGGCGACAUUCAACUAGAACUCUAUUGGAACCAUGCACCACGGGCUUGCAAGAACUUUGCAGAACUUGCAAAGAGAGGGUACUACAAUGGGGUCGUUUUUCACCGCAUCAUAUCAGAUUUCAUGAUCCAAGGUGGAGAUCCCACAGGAACCGGGAGGGGUGGCACGAGCAUAUAUGGCCAAAAAUUCGAAGAUGAAUUACAUCCGGAGUUGAGAUUCACAGGAGCUGGGAUUCUUGCCAUGGCCAAUUCUGGCCCAAAUACGAAUGGAUCUCAGUUUUUCAUUACACUCGGGCCAACCCCAUACCUCGACAACAAACACACGAUCUUCGGGCGUGUAAGCUCAGGUAUGAGAGUGGUACAGCGUCUAGGCUCAGUGGCCACAGAUGCACAGGAUCGACCUAGGGAGGAUGUCAAAAUUCACAAAGCCCGCACAAUAUAA